UGCUAUCUUGCCACAAGAAUUGAGCAAAUGCCCUGCGAACGACAGCUGAUUGUAUUGUUGUUGUGUUUUGGUAUUUUCUAUCCUGCAAUUUGCGAGGAACAUUUUUGUAAAAUGUCAACAAUUUUGCAUUGUGAAUUUGAAGUAUUUGGAAUUGUACAAGGAGUCUCGUUUCGUAUGUUUACAGAAAAACAGGCGAAAUCUUUGGGCGUACGUGGUUGGUGUAUGAAUACACGCAAUGAUACUGUUAAGGGCGAAAUUGAGGCUCCCCCGGAAGAAUUUGCUCAAAUGAAAAUAUGGCUCGAAAAAACUGGAAGUCCAACUAGUCGUAUAGAUAAAGUUAUUUUUGGCGAUGUAAAGGAAUUAGAUAACUUUACAUUCGAAAGCUUUACAAUUAAAUAUUAAAUAGUUUAUUGUUAUCUAGUAAUAUUUAUUUUAAAACAAUAAAUAUAUAUACAGUUCUUAUAUACUAUA